AUGACGCGAGGUGGGCGGAGCCUCCCCGCGCUCUCCAUGGAGGAAACGAAGGCGGAGGCGUCCCCCGUCCCCUGCCGCCGCGACGGCCCCUCCCUCUCUCUGAGCUCCUCCCCGUCCUCGGGCUCUGCCCCCACGCCCCCGCUGGGCGUGAUCAGCGAGGGGGCGGGCGAGGGCGGGGCGCUGAUCGACGCGGCGGCGGCCGAGCGGGCCUGCCGGGAGGUCCUGCACAAGCUGAAGCUGAGGCGCCCCGAGACCCCCGUGGGAAACGGGGACGGGUCCCCGGAGCCGAACCGGGACGAGGACGAGGAAGGCGGGGCGGGCGGGCGGCGACGCCCGCGGCAAAACCCGUCCAGCAAGCAGUCGUGGCUCCUGCGCUUGUUCGAGUCCAAGCUCUUCGACGUAUCCAUGGCCAUCUCGUACCUGCACAACUCCAAGGAGCCGGGCGUGCAGGCCUACAUCGGCAACCGGCUCUUCAGCUUCCCGCACGACGACGUGGACUUCUACCUGCCGCAGCUACUCAACAUGUACGUCCACAUGGACGAGCACGUGGGCGACGCCAUCAAACCUUACGUGGUGCACCGGUGCAGGCAAAGUAUCUCGUUCAGCCUCCAGUGCGCUUGGCUGCUAGCGGCGUACUCGUCGGACAUGCACAUCUCCACGCAGCGCCACUCGCGGGGCGCCAAGCUGCGAAAGCUCAUCCUGUCGGAUCAGCUGAAGCCGGCGGCGGCCCGCGCCCGCCGGGAGCCCCCCGCGCCGUCGCCCUUCUCCGCCGCCCCGGCCGAACACGCCGGCCUGUCGCCCUCAAAGCGCACGCACCAGCGCUCCAAGUCGGACGCCGCCGUGGCCGUCAGCCUCAGCAGCAACCUCAAGAGGACCGCCAGCAACCCCAAAGUGGAGAGCGGCCCCGACGAGGAAAGCUCCGACUCGGACUAUGUUGACGUCAGCAUUACUCCGGUGCGUCUGGCGCCGCAGCGCGACUUCAUGAAGUCCCUAAUGGGCAUCGGCAAGCGGCUGGCCACGCUGCCCACCAAAGAGCAGAAGACGCAACGCCUGAUCUCGGAGCUGUCGCUGCUCAACCACAAGCUGCCGGCCCGCGUCUGGCUGCCCACCGCCGCCUUCGAGCACCACGUGGUGCGCGUGCCACACACCCAGGCCGUGGUGCUCAACUCCAAAGACAAGGCGCCCUACCUGAUCUACGUGGAGGUACUGGAGGUGGACGACUUUGAGACCGCCAGCGUGCCGGCGCGGAUCCCGGAGAACCGCAUCAGGAGCACGCGCUCGGUGGAGCACCUGCCCGACUGCGGCGCGAGCGCCGAGCAGCGCGCCGGGAGCUUCUCCACCGUCCCCAACUACGACAACGACGACGAGGCCUGGUCGGUGGACGACAUCGGCGAGCUCCAGGUGGAGCUUCCGGAAGUUCACGCCAGCUGCGACAACAUCAGUCAGUUCUCCGUCGACAGCGUCAGCAGCCUGGAGAGCAAGGAACCUGUCUUCAUCGCCGCGGGUGACAUCAGGCGCCGUCUGUCGGAGCAGCUGGCCCAGACCCCCACGACUUUCAAGCGGGACCCCGAGGACCCGUCGGCCGUGGCCCUCAAGGAGCCUUGGGAGGAGAAAGUCCGGAGGAUCCGCGAAGGUUCCCCUUACGGGCACGUGCCCACGUGGCGUCUGCUGUCAGUCAUUGUCAAAUGUGGCGACGACCUCCGGCAGGAGCUGCUGGCGUACCAGGUGCUGCAGCAGCUCAAGUCCAUCUGGGAGGCGGAGCGUGUGCCUCUGUGGAUCAAACCCUACAAGAUUCUGGUGCUGUCGUCGGACAGCGGCAUGAUCGAGCCGGUGGUCAACGCCGUGUCGCUGCAUCAGGUGAAGAAGCACAGCCAGCUGUCCUUGCUGGACUACUUCCUGCAGGAGCACGGCGCGCCCACCACCGAGGCCUUCCUGUCGGCGCAGAGGAACUUUGUGCAGAGUUGCGCCGGAUACAGCCUCAUCUGCUACCUGCUGCAGGUCAAGGACAGGCACAACGGCAACAUCCUGCUGGACGCGUGCGGUCACAUCAUCCACAUCGACUUUGGCUUCAUCCUGUCCAGCUCCCCCAAGAACCUGGGCUUUGAGACGUCCGCCUUCAAACUCACCGCGGAGUUUGUUGAGGUGAUGGGCGGUCCCGAAGGCGACAUGUUCAACUACUACAAGAUGUUGAUGCUGCAGGGUCUGAUCGCCGCCAGGAAGCACAUGGAACGGGUGCUGCAGAUCGUGGAGAUCAUGCAACAAGGCUCGCAGCUGCCCUGCUUCCACGGAUCCAGCACCAUGCGAGGCCUGAAGGAACGCUUCCACAUGAGCCUGACCGAGGAGCAGCUUCAGCUUCUGGUGGAGCAGAUGGUGCUGGGAUCCAUGCGCUCCAUCACCACCAAACUCUACGACGGCUUCCAGUACUUCACCAACGGCAUCAUGUGA